AUGUCGACAAUCCUCCGUACCGUUCGAAACCUGUGGCGGAUUGGUUUCAAAGAAUAUGGCCACCAAAUGCAGUAUAUUGGUUUGUCUCCCUCCCCGCAUAGGUCCUGCUGGGGUACAUACAGAGCUGACAGGAACGAACUCUCAACAGGUGAUACCAAAGCCGGCACAUUGAUAGCUACGGACCGAUAUGGAAACAAAUACUAUGAGAACAUGGACGAGCUACCACUCCGAACGCGCUGGGUCGACUAUAAAGAAAAAGAAUUCGACGCAUCCCAAAUUGAUGGUGGCUGGCACGCAUGGCUGGCAUACAUGGUUGAUAACCCCCCAACUCAAGAUGUGCUCAUGCAGACUGGCGUGCGACCGUGGGAGUUAUCAGAGCAUCGACCAAACAUGACCCUUUCUCGCGCUGCUUAUAGACCAUAUUCUACGGUGAGACCUAAAUAUUCUGCUUGGACUCCUGUAGCCGGGCCCCGAUAG